UCUACAAGUAAAUUACUCUUAAUAAAAUAAAUAAUUAAAAUAGAAAUUAGGAAAUACUACGUUUCUGAGUUCUCUUUCUUGCCACCGUUCUCUCUCUCUCUCUCUCUCUCUCUCUGCCCUCUUCCGUUUCACUCUCUCUCGGUCUCUCUGCAGCUGCCGGUCGCCCCCGCCUCCUCCGGCACCGCCUCGGACAUCUCCGUCAAGCGCUGCGAUUUGCAAGCGCCAAGCAGUCAGCACAGCAGCAGUCCGCCGCCCAGCCCUCGCCGGCUCGCCCAGCCCCCACAAAUGGCAGAAAACGGAGUGAAAUUCGAGCAGCGCCACGGAAAAUCUAGGGUUAGAGUCGGCAGAGUCUGGAGAGAACCGAGCGGCCGCCACCAAUUCGUCGAAUGGAACGUCAGCGUCAGCCUCCUCUCCGACUGCUUUCCCGCCUACACUCGCGCCGACAAUUCUCACGUAGUCGCCACGGAUACCAUGAAAAACACGGUAUAUGUGAAAGCUAAAGAAUGUCGGCAGCAGCUUUCAGUGGAGGACUUCGCCAUACUACUUGGCAAGCACUUUACGUCUUUCUACCCUCAGGUCUCUGCUGCAAUUAUCAACAUAAUUGAGAAGCCCUGGGAACGUAUCGACAUUGAUGGCCAGCCACACGAUCAUGGUUUCAAGCUUGGAUCUGAGAAGCACACAGCUGAAGUCGUUGUAAAAAAGUCCGGUGGACUACAGGUUAUUUCUGGUAUUGAAGGAUUGGCAGUGCUAAAGACCACCCAAUCAGGUUUUGAAGGCUUUGUUAGGGACAAGUAUACAGUUUUGCCUGAAACACAAGAAAGGAUGUUUGCAACGGAGGUUACCGCAUCUUGGAAGUACCCUUAUGAGACUCUUGCAAGUAUCCCUGCAAAACAAUUAUAUUUCAUGGAGAAAUACAUGGAUGUAAAAAAGGUUUUAAUCGAGACAUUCUUUGGUCCUACGAAAGGAGGAGUAUACAGCCCAUCUGUUCAAAGUACUCUCUACGAUAUGGCAAAUGCUGUGCUUGCCAGGGUUCCUGAUGUUUCAUCAAUUCAGUUGAAGAUGCCGAAUAUUCACUUUUUGCCUGUCAACUUAUCAAGCAAAGAUAACCCCAUAGUCAAGUUUGAGGAUGAUGUUUUUUUACCUACGGACGAACCACAUGGAUCGAUCCAAGCUAGCCUGAGCCGCCUUCAGUCAAAGAUGUGAAGGAAGCUGGCACCAUAAAAUUAACAAGCUUUGCAUCCUUGUCAAUAUGAAGUAAUAAGAAAUUGAUUUGUAUCCUGUUUGUUAAAGUUGACGUGUGUUGAAUCUUACUCAUUUCCAGGGACCAGGGUUUUCAUCUAAUUUAAGUUUACCUUCAUGAA